CGGAGCAGGGCACCCCGGCUCGGACCGACUUCUGGCCCGCUGGUGGGGGAGAUCUGCAAAAGUUACUUAGACAAGUUCGGCUCUAUGAUUCGGACAGUUGGUUCGUCGUGACCAUCUCGUAUUGUCCACCUCUUAGAAAAUCGACCUGUAGAUAUGGCGGAUAAAGAAAAGAAGAAAAAAACUAAAAAGAAGGAGGAGGCGCCAGCUGCCGAACCUGAACCAGCGCCAGUUGAAGAGAAAGCACCAACUCCUACAGGCACACCAAAGGACUCUGGUUCCGCCAGAGCAAGCAGCCGCGGCAGCCGCAAGGCUAAACGCAGCGGAUCCAGCGUCUUCUCUAUGUUCUCUCAGAAACAAGUGGCUGAAUUUAAGGAGGCAUUCCAGCUAAUGGACGCGGAUAAAGACGGUAUUAUUGGUAAGAAUGACCUUCGUGCAGCCUUUGAUUCCGUUGGUCGACUGGCGACUGAUAAGGAAAUUGAGGAAAUGCUUAAUGAAGCACCAGCGCCCAUCAACUUCACUCAAUUGUUGAACUUAUUCGCUGUUCGUAUGUCAGGAUCAGGUGCUGAUGAUGACGAUGUUGUAAUCAAUGCCUUCAAGACAUUCGACGAAAAUGGCAAAAUCGACGGCGAAAGAUUAAGGCAUGCUUUGAUGACGUGGGGUGACAAAUUUACACCAAAAGAAGUAAACGAUGCAUUCGAUCAGAUGUACAUCGAUGAUAAAGGUUUCAUUGAUACUCCAAGCUUAAUUGCCAUGUUGACCGGCACGGGCGAAGAAGAGGAGGAAUAAGACCAACUGAAAAUAUAUUAUCAAGAAGAGAAUAUUCCUUGGUUGAAGCCUCAUAUUAAUAUCGAAUUCACAAUUUGCCUCAAAAGAAAACAGAUAUUUUAUAUUGAGCCUUUCCUCUUUUUUUGUUUUCUCUUUCCUUCUAUCUCUCUUUUCUCUCUCUCUUUUCAUACUUCAUGACAAAAAUGUGACGAGGACAAAACAUCUGCUAUAUUAUUCAAUCUGGACUGUUUCUCAUUCUCUUCCAGUUUAUCUCUCUCUUUCUUUUAUAUAUCCUCAUACCUCUCUAUUUGUCUUUUUUGGUACUUUUUGCUUUUCUCUGACACUUUUUUUUUCUUUUUCUCUUGUAUUUAUAUUUCUUUCUUUCUCUCUUUCCAUGAAUCUUUCUGAUUUUUUCUUUUUAUUUCACUUUGUCGUUCUUUUUCUCUUUUCAUUUUUCCAUCUAACAUUUUGAUUUGUAUUUUCUUUCUCUCUCUCCCUUUCUCUCUCUACUUGUCUUCAUCUUCUCAUUAGAAAACAUUACUGAUUCCAGAAGAAACAGCAAAUCCGAUAAAAGCAAUAAAUUCCAGAACAAUUCAUCCAGAAAUAUAAACUAGUGUUUGAAAAUGUUAAAUGAUUGAAUAAUUUGGACAGUUAGACUCUCAAGAUCGAUUCUAUUCAAAAAUUCAAACCUUUUUGAAUAGAAAAUAUGUUUGAACUGUUUUAACUUAUUUCAUAAACGUUCAAAAUUAUAAUUUAAAUUUAAUUUUCUGAAAUAUUAAAAGCUGCACAUAAUAAAUGGAACAAGAAAUAGUGAAUAAGGAACGUUUCAAUAUAUUGAAUAUGAAAAACAUAAGAAACGUUCCUUAUUCGAUGUAUUCAACUGUUCCUUAUUCUUUAUUUUCUGUUCUCUAUUCCAUUUAUUACGUAUAGUUCUUUAAUGUGGAAAAGAAAAGACUCGUAAAAAUUUACCUUUUUACUUCCAAUAUAUUACAUUUCCAAUCUUUUUUACUGUCCAAAUUGUAGACAUAAUGAAUAUUACAGACCGAUACUUAAAUUGUCCGAUUUGUCCGAAUAUUCAAAUUGGAUGCUCAUUCUUUUUUAUUUCGAAUUAUUCGAACAGAUCAAACAUAUGUAAUCAGCGUUAAGAUCUAGCUAUGACCGUUAAGGCAUUUUGUUAAUAUUGUGUUCAAAUAUACAUGUUUAAAUUUUUUGUCUAAACUCUAAUACGAACUAUACGUCUGUCGAUACCAAUAAUGUACUUAAUAAAGCUUCAUUCUGCUCUCUUCUCGUUUAUAUAUAGUAAAAAUAUUAAUUAUUUAUUUCAAUAAAAAUAUUAAAUCUAUAAAUGGAGCUGUCUACGAUCUUCUGUCACCAGAAUUAAUUUUUUCAAUUUAAUCUUUCAACUUUCGAAAGAUGAACAUUAAACAUUAUAUUUUUACUAUUUCUGAAAACUUACAUAAGAGAUAGUUUGAAUUAAUUAGCAAAAACAUUAUCACAUAACUGCUGUCUCCAUUUUUAUAGAUAUACCUCACAUUACGUUCAGUAAAAAUAUAAUAUAACAGAAAAUAUAUACAUUUUCAUGUACUAUUAAUGUAAUAUAAUACAUAAUAAAGGAAUCAUUGAUGACGAGAAAA